AUGGCUUUCUCUAUAGGUCUGACCUUCUUCCUUGCUCCUCUUCUCCUUGGGUUUUCCUCCACCCUUGGAGCAUACCCUCCCCAGCCUCUGCCUUCCCACCAUGGACAUCCACCUCCACACCAAGUGUACCCUACACCACCAACUCCCCACCCCAUCUACCCCACACCACCACCUUCACACCAUGGGUACCCUACACCACCACCUCCCCAUUACAGCAAACCGCCACCUUCCCACCAUGGCUACAGCAAAUCACCACCUCCGCCACCACCCCACCAUGGCUACAGCAAAUCACCACCUCCGCCACCACCCCAUGUCUACUCCAAACCACCAUCGGCCCACCAUGGCUACAGUAAACCCCCACCUCUACCCUCACCCCAUGUCUACACCAAACCACCAUCGCCCCACCAUGGCUACAGUAAACCCCCACCUCUACCCUCACCCCAUGUCUACCCUAAACCGCCACCUCCCCACCAUGGCUACCCUAGUCCUAGUCCACUCCCUCCCCAUCACGCCUAUGUCUCUCCUCCGCCUCCUCACCAUCACCAUCAACAUCACCACCACCGCCACCACUCUCCACCACCUGUUGGUCACUAUGUUCCACCUCCUCUGCUGCACCAUGCCCCUCCUCCUAAGCCAUCACACACUCUGCACCCACCACCUCCCAGAAGCGCCUACGUUAGCCCUCCACCACCCCCAACCACAUACACUCACCCACCACCUCCAAAGGGAGCUUACAGUCAACCCCCACCUUACCGCCAUGGCCAUGUCCCUCCAUCCACUCCCUACCACCAAGCACCACCACCACCACCACAUCAGUACAAGGAAGCAGCUCCUCCACCACCCCAGCACUAG